AGGAGAAGGUGAACGACAAGCUGCUUUCUGAGGUGCCCAAGUACAAGCAGCGGUCAAGGUGAGUUUUUUACUCCAGAUACUCUGUUCUUGUUCUGGUUUAAGUGCAGAAAUCAAUUCAGAUUUUCGCUUCAAAAAAAAAAUCAAUUCAGAUUUAGCCCAUGAUUUAGCAGAAUGAGUAUCUCCUGGUGUAUUCUAAAAAAAAAAUUCUCCUGGUGUAUUCUCAAAAAAAAUUCUACUGGUGAAUUUAUUAAUCUAUUCUCCUGGUGGAUUUUCUGAUCGAGGUCAAGUUGUCGAUGGCGCAGGCCCCCAACGAGAUGCACGGCGCCGACGGCGUGCACUUCGACGACGGCAUCGUGGGCGAGAUCCUGCUGCGGCUGCCGGCGGGGUCGGUCCUCCGCUGCCGCGCCGUGUGCACGGCCUGGCGCCGCGUCGCCGACUCCCCGGAGUUACUCGCCGCGCACGCGCGCCGCCGCCCGCUCGAGAUCCUCCAGUACGCCAGGACGGAGAUCUGGCCCGACGACGGUGUCCGUCGCGAGGCCGCCAGUGGGAGCGGCGAGGAUUUCGACGUCCACGCAGUGGCCGUCUUCUCCGGCGCCCGCCGCCUGCUCGCGCGCUACCCGGUGGCGGAGAAGAACCCCAUGCACAUGUCCAUGCCGUACUCCCCCCUGCUCGCCUCCUGCGACGGGCUUCUUCUUCUCGGCCAUGGCCGCGGCUACGAGCAGCGGCCGUACGCGUCGUACCUCGUCUGCAACCCGGCCACGCGGCAGUGGACCGAGCUCCCGCACCUGACCGCCGGAUUUGCCGCCGCCGGCGAGCAGCCCGGGCAGGACGCCCCCGCCACACUCGACCUCCGGGAGUCCGGCUUCUACCGCCACGCGCCCUCCGGCGAGUACAGGCUCCUCUGCCACGUCACGCCGUCCUCGGGGCAGGCGCCGUACUACUGCGUCCUCUCCGCCGGUGCUGACGAGCCUCGGCGGCUGGCGACGACGAUCGCGCAUCGCGCGGGGAAUAUCUACGGGGACCUCAUGAUGCCGGCGGUGCUCGGCGGGCGCCUGCACUGGCUGCGGCACAUGGAGGCCGGGCACACCGACUCCAUGGUGGCGUUCGACACAGCGGCUGAGAGGUUCUCUCGGAUGCCGUCGCCGCCCGUGGCGUGGAAGACGAACUCCCGCCUGCUCGUCGCGUACGGGUCGACGCUCAUGGCGGCGGAGCACGGCGACAUGGUCUUCGACCUGUGGGCGCUUGAGGGCUACACCGUAACCGGCGGAGAGGCGGCGGAGGGGGAUGCGAUGAGGUGGGUGCUCCGGCACCGCGUGGAGGUGCCGUGGCGCGCGCAUUGGCCGACGGUGGUAUACGGCACCGAGGACGGGUCGGGCGACGUCGUCCUUGGCUCGGGCUACGGCGUGGUGGCAUACAACAUGAGGAGCGGUGCGGCGAGGCGGGUCGUCAUCGACGACGUGCGGGAGAGCAAAGAGGAGAGACUGCUCCUGUCGCGGCGCGUGUUCAGGGAGAGCCUCGUCCGGCACGGGUUCUUCGACGCCCGGCCGCACCCCGGCUUGCCGUUGUUCCACCUCUUUUAGAUCAUCCAUCAUCGGGCUUAGCGAGGAUUUCAGUGCUUAAUUUGACUGAUUAUGUGCGUGCCGUUUUCGUUCGUUUUGAAUCAUCUAUGUCAUUUCAAUUCAAAGGUAUUCUCUCGUGUUCUUCGCGCAUGGGAAGCAAAUGCCAGCCCUGCAGAGGGUGGAUUCUGGAAUUGUUACAGGAGUAGGGAAUGAGGUGGUUCGGAUUCUCAAGACCACCUCCGUGUUGUUUUUAUUGUGGAUUCGUGGUAUACUGUUUCUAUUAUUAUUAUUUUUGGCAGCAGAUUCGUGGUGUACUGUUAGU